AUGAAUAGAAACAAGAGUGAAAUUCGUUUUAUUUUUUAUGCGAGUGGCAUAUUUAUUUGUUAUUUUAUAUUUGGUAUGUUGCAAGAGAAAAUAACUAGAGGAAAAUAUGGAAACAAUGAUAAAUUUACGUGUACUCUUUCACUCGUACUCGUUCAAUGUGUUGUGAAUUAUAUUUUCGCUCAAAUUUUAAUGCUAUCUUGGAAACAUGAGAAAGAUACAACAAGCAAGAUAUAUUAUUUUUCUUCAGCACUUACCUACUUGUUGGGUAUGGUCAGCUCUAAUAUGGCUUUACAAUGGAUCAAUUACCCAACACAGGUUGUCGGAAAAGCAGCAAAACCAAUACCAGUGUUAAUACUUGGUGUAAUUUUGGGUAGAAAAGUGUAUCCUAUAAGAAAAUACUUUUUUGUAUUGCUUAUUGUGAUAGGAGUGGUUUUGUUUAUGUACAAGGAACAAGCGAGAAUGGUUGUGGAAGAAUCUCAAGGUUUAGGAGUAGGGGAGCUUCUACUGUUUUGCUCAUUGACUAUGGAUGGAUUGACUGGUGCUGUGCAGGAGAGGAUAAAAAGUGAAUCUUCUCCUACAGCCUAUUCGAUGAUGUUAAAUACAAAUGCAUGGUCAUCAAUAAUCAUAAGUGUAAGUGUUAUUCUUACUGGGGAAUGCUUCAAGUUCGUUGCUUUUGUCAACCUGUACCCUGAAGUGCUAAUCUGGCUUACAGGGUUGUCUCUAAUGGGUGCUUUGGGACAAUUAUUCAUAUUUUUCAUGGUGUCUGAAUUUGGACCUUUGCCAUGCUCCGUAGUAACCACAACCAGAAAGUUCUUCACCGUUCUGGCGUCUGUAAUUAUUUUUGGCAAUGUUUUGAUGUUAAGGCAAUGGAUUGGUGCUAUUCUUGUCUUUUCUGGUCUAUUUUUAGACAUAAUCUGCAGAAACGGAAAGAGUCCUCAAACGAAGAUAGCUAAUAAAUAA